CUGCCUUUCUCUUCUCUCUCCUUUGCUCAGAACGAAGUGAUCACCAUGUCCGACUACCUUGAUGAUCUCUUAGACGACUAUGGUAUCGAUAGUUCGGAUCUCAGCGACUAUGGCCUAGAUAGCUCUGAUCUCGACUAUCUCGACGACUAUGUUGAUGACUACUACCCUACUGGUACUGACACAAGCUCAAGCCUGCCUACCUCGGGUAGCUCCAGCGAUGACUAUUACGGCUAUGACGAUAGUGAUUUUGAUUACGACGACUUGCUCAAUGGUUCCGACUCGAACGAUGACUCCUCCUCUGGGUCUUAUGACUUUGGAGGCUCCUCCGGCUUUGGGGACUCGGACACCCCUAUCUCGGGAGACCUUCCACCUGGCUAUGGGUCUCUUGGUAGCGAUUACUCGUUUUCGUCAACCAGCGACUCGUGUGUCACCGAUGCUGCAUUCCAGACGACCGGCCCUCGUGUCGACCUCGCCUUUGACGUGAUCUUCCUCGUUCUAUUCCUCCUCAUCGGCGGCCUUGCUGUCUUCAGGCUUCUCAGGAGCAAGAGCAAGGGCGCGGCCCUUGGGAGAUGGUUCCUGUUCCCUGUGUCGCUUUUCUUCGCUAUCCUAUACCUUCUCAUCGACUUCAUCACCCUGAUCCUCAACCAAUGCAUCAUGAUGCGAAGCGACAAGUACCAACUCGCCCAAAUCGCCGUCACCUGGUUCGACAACCUAUCCGUCUUCCUGCUGAUCGUCCUCAUCCUCCUCCCGAUCUGCCUGAAGCUGCAACAGGGCGGCGGAAAGAUCGCAUCCCUAACCCUCAUCGUCCACUCUGUCUGGCUGGGCCUAACAGGCAUCUUCCUCAUCGUCAGCCUCGCCACCUUCACCCGCAUCCAGGAUGCCAUCUAUCGCAGCGGAGAUAGCAUCGAUAGUGAUCUUCCAGAGGCCUCAAGGGAUGUGACGAUGACAUACUACGUCUUCCUCUUCCUCGCUGCCCUUCUCGGGGGCGCAAACCUCUUCUUCGCGCUUUUCCGUAGGGCGAAUAUUCGCAAGGGCUCCCUCCUCCUCGCAAUCCCAACCCUAAUAAUCUCAACCCUCGGCCUAACCCUCGUGCUCAUGGGUGGUUACGCCGACCUAAGCUACGGCAACCGAACCCGGUCCGCAAGCUCCUACGAAAAAUCCCAAGAUGCCCAGGUCUUCCUCGAACGGUUCUUCUACGUGCUCGCGUUCAUCAGUGCGCUUAUGAUUGCGGGCUCGCAUCAGGCGGGUGAUGAUUCUGCGACGACCGCUCAGCAGCCGGUUGGUGCGCCGCCCCUGCAGCCCCAGAUGGCUCAGAACCAGGGUCUGCCUCAGCAACCCCAGCAACAGCAGUACUACUCGGCUUCGCCGGUGGAGGGGACGGUCCAUGCGCCUGUGCCUGUUCCUGCGGCGUACGGGCAUGCAUAGAGUGCUUUCUGGUAGCUGAACUGAGCUGUUCCUCAGUCCAUACAUUUCUUGUAUGGGGGCUCGAAAUCCAAGUCGAAGUUGAAGUUGAAGACUUGACUUUCUCUCUCUUAUCCUUCUGCUUUCUUUCUACCUGCGUGACUCACUGCUGAGUUUAAUUCCCCGCGGCUCUCGCCAUGCUUUCUAUAAAUAUACCCAGUUUUGAUCUGGCUCUACAAGCCUCGAUUAAUGUUCCUACAACUAUGAAAUAUAUAAUCGAAAAAAUAAAUGAAUAUCUGCAAU